ACGGAAGAGAAAAACUACACUUCGUAUAUACGUGAAAACUGCAUUUCUAUCAGGUGCCGUGUCAGUGAGUGGGUAUCUCAAUCGGGAAAAAUGAUUAGAAGAUCAUUAUUUGGGCAUCUUACUCGAGGUUUCGCUUCUAGAUUUUUAAGAAGCCCUCGGGAAUUCUCCAUCUUUUCCAGUGAAUCAGAACCAGAAUCAUGGAAAUCAACGGAGGGUCUGAUUCGUUGUUCUGCAAACUAUGCGCCUCUGUCUCCGAUCGUCUUCUUGGAAAGAGCAGCCAAAGUUUACAGUCACACGACCUCUCUUGUCUAUGGUCCUGUCAGGCACACAUGGAGUCAGACCCAUGAACGCUGUCUCAAGCUUGCUUCUGCAAUUACCCGCUUGGGAAUUUCUCCUGGAGACGUGGUAGCUACUUUUGCUCCAAAUGUACCAGCCAUGUAUGAGCUUCAUUUUGCAGUCCCAAUGGCCGGAGCAAUUCUUUGUACACUCAAUGCUCGCCAUGACUCAACUAUGGUAUCUGUCCUGCUUAGACAUUCAGAUGCGAAGAUUGUUUUCGUAGACUCCACGUUAAUCAAAAUUGUAGUUGAAGCACUCAAUCUUUUAGCAAAGACAGAUGCUAAACUCCCAAUCCUUGUAGUAAUUUCCGAGUCUAACUACACAUCUGACACAUGGUUACCUUCUAAUGCAUUUGAAUAUGAAAGCUUUUUAGAAACUGGAGAAAGUAGAUUUUUAGUAAAAAAACCGAAAAGUGAAUGGGACCCUAUCAGCAUCAAUUAUACUUCAGGGACAACAUCAAGGCCUAAGGGUGUAGUUUACAGUCAUAGAGGAGCUUAUCUUAAUACCUUGGCAACAAUUCUCCUCCAUGGAAUUAGACCAUUUCCUGUUUAUCUCUGGACUGUGCCUAUGUUUCAUUGUAAUGGUUGGUGUUUAACUUGGGGAAUUGCAGCACAAGGAGGGACUAACAUAUGCCUUAGAAAGGUUUCUCCAAAGGGUAUAUUUGAUAAUAUUGUUAUGCACAAAGUGACCCACAUGGGAGGUGCGCCUACUGUCCUCAACAUGAUUGUGAAUUCAUCAAUAACUGAUCAAAAAUCGCUCCCUCAUAAGGUUGAAGUAAUGACUGGUGGAUCACCGCCACCACCACAAAUCUUAGAAAAGAUGGAAUCUUUAGGUUUUAGGGUAGAUCAUUUAUAUGGUCUUACAGAAACUUAUGGUCCAGGUACUCAUUGUAUUUGGAAGCCUGAAUGGGAAUCUCUUCCUCAUGAAGAACAAUCAAAAUUAAAAGCUCGUCAAGGAAUGCAACAUCUUGGACUAGAAGAAGUCGAUAUAAAAGAUCCAGUUACCAUGGAAAGCGUAUCAGCUGAUGGUAAGACAAUCGGAGAAGUUAUGUUCAAAGGAAACACUGUCAUGAGUGGAUACUUUAAAGAUUUGAAAGCAACAAAAGAGGCCUUCAAUGGCGGUUGGUUACAUACUGGAGAUCUUGCUAUUAAACACCCUGAUGGAUAUAUACAAGUAAAGGAUCGAUUAAAGGAUAUUAUAAUAUCUGGAGGAGAGAAUAUAAGUAGUAUUGAAGUUGAAACUGUUUUAUAUAGUCAUCCAGCAGUUUUUGAGGCUGCUGUUGUUGCUAGACCAGAUGACCACUGGGGACAAACACCUUGUGCAUUUGUCAAAUUAAAGGAUGGAUCUAAUGUUAAUUCUCAAGAGUUAAUUCAAUUUUGCAAGGAUCGAUUACCACAUUAUAUGGCACCUCGAACAGUCGUAUUCGAAGAUUUGCCGAGAACUUCAACUGGAAAAAUACAAAAAUUUUUAUUGAGAGAGAAAGCAGAGGCCAUGGGCAGCUUGUAUUAAGCAGCAAUAUCAAUGAUAAUUGAUCUUCUUCAUUGUCUUAUAAAAUACAAAAA